UUCAUAAAUAACUGUACCAAACGUAACUCCAAGUUUGUUAUUAAAACUGUCACAACAAAAUAAGCGACCGGAAUUGAGGAGAAGAUUGAGCGCAGCUAAAAUCUACAAGUUUUUGCGAUGUGUUUGAAAUAAAUAAGUGGUCAAUUCUCUAAUACCGUGCACAAAAUGAGGGCAAUACCGAAGUGGGUUGAGAAAAUUCACGACCCUCAUGACAAAAACGAUGUCGCUAGUAUCCAUUCAGUGUGUUUUCAUCCGGAUGGACUGCAGUUGGUAGUAGCGGCAGGAGACAAAGUCCUUGUUUAUGAUUCCAUAGACGGAAAUGUUGUUAGCUCCUUGAAGGGUCAUAAAGACACCGUUCAUUGUGUGGCUUACGCCGGUGAUGGCAAAAAAUUUGCCUCUGGCAGUGCUGAUAAGACAGUUAUCAUAUGGACGAGCAAGUUGGAAGGUCUUUUAAAAUAUUCACAUAGUGAUUCAGUGCAAUGCCUUGCCUUCAAUCCAGUUUCGCACCAGUUAGCCUCUUGUGCUGUGUCCGAUUUUUCUUUUUGGUCAUCGGAGCAGAAGGCAGUUCAGAAAUACAAAACAGCAUCGCGAGUGAAUGCUUGUGCUUGGACAAACGAUGGUCAAUACAUAGCUUUAGGAAUGGCCAGUGGGUUAAUAUCGAUUAGAAACAAGGGAGGCGAAGAGAAAAUCAAAAUAGAACGUCCAGGGGGAGUAAAUAGUCCCAUUUUUGGACUUGCAUGGAAUCCUCCGGCCAGUGGAUCAGCCGAUAUACUUUGUGUUAUUGAUUGGAGUCAGACGUUAUCGUUUUAUUCACUCGGUGGACAAGUAAUCGGCAAGGAACGUAAUUUUGGUUUUGACCCAUUGUGUUUAAGCUUUUUCCCGGAUGGAGAAUUUCUUAUCGUUUCUGGAUGCAACAAAGCCUUACAACUGUUUACACGAGAUGGAAUUCGUUUGGGUAUGCUGGGUGAGCAACAUGAAUCUUGGAUUUGGGCCACGGCAGUACAUCCGACUGGAAAUUCUAUUGUUGUUGGUUGCCAGGAUGGGACACUAUCGUGCUAUAGUUUAGCAUUCAAUACUGUUCAUGCUUUGUACCGCGAACGAUAUGCUUUUCGCGAGAAUAUGUGUGAUGUCAUUAUACAGCAUUUGGUAUCUGGACAAAAAGUACGGAUUAAGUGUCGUGACUUAGUCCAUAAAAUUGCGAUUUAUCGGAAUCGUUUAGCCGUUCAACUGCCGGAACGUGUUGUUUUGUACGAGCUCAGUUCAGCUGAAAAUCAACCGAUGCAUUAUAAAGUAAAGGAGAAAAUAGCUAAAAAGUUUGAAUGUAGCUUAUUGGUUGUAUGCGCUCAGCAUUUAGUACUAUGCCAGGAGAAAAAGCUGCAAAGCCUGGACUUUAACGGAGUUUUACAGCGAGAGUGGAUUAUGGAUAGUUUCAUACGGUAUAUUAAAGUAACUGGAGGUCCUUCAGGCUGCGAAGGUCUUUUACUUGGAUUGAAAAGUGGUCAAGUUUGGAGAAUAUUCCUAGACAACUCGUUGCCAAUUCUUGUCACGACGGUUCUAUCAUCGGUACGUUGUCUGGAUCUCAAUGCAACUCGUACUAAAUUAGCUGUGGUGGAUGACGCUGGACGAUUGGUCGUUCGAGAUUUGAUAAGUGAUACUAUGCUGUACCAGGAUUCUAACGUAAAUUCUGUUGCUUGGAAUACACAUCUGGAAUCGAUGCUAUGUUAUUCACACACUACUGGAGGUCUUAGCGUGCGAGUCGGAGCACUUCCGCCAAGGAGUCCACAAACAAUGCUUGGUGUUGUGGUUGGCUUAUGCGGAGCAACAGCGUUUUGUUUGAGGGGAAAUGUGAUGAGUAAUGUUCCUCUAGCACUUGGCGCGACAAUGUGGCAGUUUAUCGAAGCGGGCUUAUUUGAUUUCUUUUCUAGUGAUGCUUAUCAAGUUGCUUGCCUUGGAGUACCGAUUGCAGAUUGGGAAGGUUUGGCCCAAGCUGCCCUCGAAGCUCAUAACUAUCAGGUUGCCAGAGAUGCCUAUGUAAAGGUGCGCAAUCUUCCCUGGCUGGAACUAAUCAACGAUCUCAAAGAACGUCAGAAAAGAGGAGAAACUGCGAAGGAAGUGCUGCUAGCUGACACUUUGGCAUUUGCCGGAAAGUUUAAAGAUGCAGCCCGGUUGUAUCAGAAAGCUGGCAAUAACGGUAAAGCUUUGGCAAUGUAUAGUGACCUGCGGAUGUUUGAUUUGGCACAGGAAUUUUUGAAAGAAGGUAAUACUGCCGAUAAAAAGGAGUUAAUCAGAAGGCGAGCAGAGUGGGCUUGUUCUGUCCACGAACCUAGGGCUGCGGCCGAAUUAUUGUUGUCAGCUGGUGAAUCGGAACGAGCUAUCGAAAUUGUGGCUGAACAAGGUUGGACUGAUGUUCUAUUAGAUAUCGGCAGACGUUUAGCAGCAUCAGAAAAAGAACCAUUAGAAUUGAUUGCUACUCAUUUAAGAAAACUGAAGGCCUUACCUCUAGCUGCUGAAAUAUAUCGUAAACUUGGAGAAGAAGAGCAAGUGGUGCAGUUGCAUAUUGAGGCUCGUGACUGGCCAGAAGCUUUCCGACUCGCUGAACAUUUACCAAAAAUUUUACCAUCCGUCCACUACCAACAUGCGAAGUGGUUAACCGAGUCCGAUCAGUUCAUUUCUGCGCAUGAAGCGUAUGUUUUAGCUGGCCAACCCAAUGAAGCAACCAAAUUGCUACGCAAUCUGGUGGAAUGUGCUGUAUCUGAGGAACGUUAUUUAGACGCGGGUUAUUACACAUGGUUGAGAGCCAAGCAAAUUUUAAAACUGCUGGAAAAUGACUCUGUUAUAAUGGAAGCGAAACUUUUGGAAUAUAAAUCAUUGCUCAAGUUAUCAUCAAUAUAUUAUGCGUACAGCACUCUCAAUUCCUACUUGAAGGAACCAUUCACGAGUAGUCCACCUUUAACGCUAUUCAACACAAGUCGCUUUGUGGUAAAUCAAAUCAAUGGACUCACUCCGCCUAAGGGAAUAAGUCUUUUUGCCGUCUAUUACACUCUUUCCAAACAAGCAAAAGUGUUGGGAGCCAAUAAAUUACACCUUCAAAUAAAUAACAAACUGCAGUCUUUGAAGGCGCCACCGGGAAUUCAGGAGCAAGUUGAUAUAAGCUAUGUAACAAGCAGGGCUUGUCCAGGUGGUUUCAACGAUCCGGAAGAAUUGUUACCCAUGUGUUACCGGUGUUCAAACUACAGUCCGCAUCUGCAUGGCAAUCGUUGUCCCAAUUGCAACCAGGAGUACGUGUUCUCCUAUGUUUCUUUCGAAAUACUACCGCUGGCUGAAUUCAGUGUGGAAACUGGAAUAUCGGACCAGGAAGCUGAACGAUUAUUGAUGGCGCCUCCGAAGCUCAACGACUAUGAUCAAAUUGAUCAGUUCAUCAAAGAGGACAUUAUCGAUACGUAUUCGACCAACUUGAACAGAGAUUCUUUGCGAGCUAUUGAUCCAAGAGAAGUUAUCAUUAUGAAGGGUCCCAAACCUCUAACUACAAAGUUUUAUCGAAAUCUCCUCCCUGAAUUGCAAAUAACUGUCUGCCCUGAAUGUAAUAACGCAUUUCAUUCAGAAGACUUUGAGCUGCAGUUUCUGCAGAAAGGCUACUGUCCUUUCUGCAGAAUACCAGAAGAAAAUUUAGUAGGAUAAAAGGCAAGAUUAGAUUAGCUUUAAAAAUUAAGUUUUACAUUGCUGCCUCAGCAUAACAAGUGCACCGGUAAUUUUUGUGAUCUCACUCCGUCCAGCAUGAUUUUUUUAUACCUUUUGACAUACGCAAAAUAUAAAACAUUUCUACUUA